AUGGGUUCUGUCUCUUCAUUACUUGGAUGUGUAACUGUAUAUGGAGUGCAGUUGUCAUCAGAAGCUUGCAGAGAACUAGGCUUCUCCAGUAACUUGCUAUGCAGUUCUUGCAACCUUCUUGGACAGUUCAGCCUGAAUCAGUUGGAUCCAUUCUGCAGGCAGUGCUGCCAAGAAGAAGCUCAGCUGGAAACCAGAAAGCUUUAUGCAGGAGCUGUCCUAGAGGUAUGUGGAUGAAAAUUGGGAAGGUUCCCUCAAGUCCAGGCUUUUGUCAGGAGUGACAAGCCAAAACUCUUCAGGGGACUGCAAAUCAAGUACGUGCGUGGUUCUGACCCUGUACUAAAGCUGCUGGACGACAGUGGGAACAUUGCUGAAGAACUGAGCAUCCUCAAGUGGAACACAGAUAGUGUGGAAGAAUUUCUAAGUGAAAAAUUAGAACGUCUGUAAAAUUGUUUUCAGUUCUUCUCCCUUUUCAUGUUUUAUCAUAGUAAUCUUCUCGGAUGAAGUUUGCUACAGUUGAAAAACCAUUCCAGCUUCUGCAUUAGUUUUUUAAACAUCUCUUGUGCUGUACUAAACGUCUGUUAAUUAGAAGGGGAAGCUUCAGUGCACACAUCUGACAAGUUGACAAACAGAGUAGCUCAUCUUAAUAUAUUUCAGCUCUUGAUGCGUUUAUCACUAAUGAAAUGCUUUGUUACAAACUUAAUUAUGCAAAUAUCAGUUUGCUAUAAUUGGACCUGUUUUUACAAACACUCUUAAAACUAAAGAGCUUCAAAUAAUUGAAAUGAUUACCAUGCUUUUUGUAUGCUGCUCUUUGUAAAAACCUCAGAACCAAAUGCAAUGUACCAUCUCCCAAAGAAACUUGACUGCUAGCGCACUCUUCUAUUUUGUAUUUAAACUGUCCUUUUUAUAUAAGUAAGUUGUUUAUAAUGAGUAUCUAGUUCAUAGAUUUUGAAGCUGAUGGAGGAACUCAUGCUCUGAUAAUUGUAAAACAUUUAGUAAGUACACUUUAGUGAAGACUACAUAGAAAACCUCUUGAGGUGUAUGCAAGUCAGAUGUCUGGUGUGCUUUGCAUUAAAUGUUUUGCUUCAGAAAACAUGAGAUGGAAAGGUUUUUCAAGACUGCUAUAAGUAACUUUCAGAAGUUUAUUAGAAGUUUAUCAAAUGAAUUUAUAAACUGUUCUUUUAAAAUGCAUAUUUUUCUUUUCCAGUUAAAAUUUAUGUGAAUAAAGGGAAUAUAGACAGUAGGUAUGUUAAUGAGUCAAAUCAGUUAUUACUUGUCAGGUUUUUUCCCCACUUAGUGAAUAAAUAUGGUAAGCAAGAUUAAUGUGGUUUUUUGAAGUCCGAUUAGCAAGCAAGCCUUUCCUUUAGCUAUUUCAUGCUCACCACCAGCAUUUGGUUGGAUGACUGUUAUAGUGUGGCCUGAAUUGUUACUCAUGAUUUUCCUCUUUCUAUAUGAUUUUAUACUUCAAGAGAUACGUUUCCUUGUCAAUUUAGAGCUUUAUUCCCAACUUUUGAGAAGAAAUCAUCAGCUUCAUUACAGACAGUAGCCAAAGGACUGAGAACACACUAGAUUAUCAAAAGCAGUGACUUUUUAGGUUUAGCCUUCUGAGAGUUUUUUUUCCCCUGAAAUACUUUAUAAACUCUUGGAAGGGCACAUGAUGCUUCCCUGUUAUCUUAGUUGGUCUAUCUCUCAUUCUUAUUGUGUGUCUUCCACUCCUGUCUUAAAAAAACAUGAUGCUUAUUUCCCAAAUGAUCCAGUGUGAGACAGCUACAGUAAUGGUCACCACUGUCUUGGCAAGACCAAAAUACAAACUUUACACAAAAAGCAAACAUUUUUGCAGCUUGUGCUAACUUACCAGUCUAAAGUGAAAUUGUUUCUGGGACAUGAAAUAACCUAGUCAGCAUAUGAGUUAUAAACAAAACACGUGGCAUGACAACCCAGUAUUUUAGCAGUAAAAACAUGCUGCCAUCCACUGGUCUUUCUUUUAAUAUACUGACUAUAUUCCAUAGUUUGGCUUCCUACAUUUGCCUACAAAGGGAUUUCAGUUUCUCUGCUGAUGAUUUACCAUGCUGUUUUAGCAGAAUAUUUUAGCUUCAUCCUUCUCCCCAUGCCCUCCAGCCUCAGGUCUCCUCCACUGCUCACCAGGGGGAGUGUUCGCUCUUUGUUUCACAGUCAGCAGCUGUGAAAAUUCAUAGAGCUCAAAAGGUUAUUUUGGCUUGUGGCAACUAACUACGUAAUAUACAAGGUUUAAAGCUCCUGUUAGAAAGGAAGUGAUUCGUUUUUACUUAUAGCCAUGAUAAGCACCCAGUACUUCAUCAAAGGCAUUCAGUCAGAUUUAAUGCAAGAAUGAUUUAGUCUUACAUAAUGUUCUUGUUGUGCUAGAUCUUGAGAAAGUUAAUGAAAGGGAGGAAAAAGCAGCAAGUACACACGAUGGAGUUGAAAAACGAAGUGUCCAUCUGUCCAACUGAUCUUGCAGGAGAGGUUGUCAGCGCUUUUAAAACAAGUGUUGUACAUUUUAUUUUCUGUACAUGGAUGUGGUAAAUAGAUGAAUUUGAAACUUGGUGUACA